UAUUCCUUACCCUUCUCUUAACCAAAAGCCCUCCUCUUGCCUCCCUCUCUCUCUCUAUAGACACUUUCUCUCUCUAAAAAUCUAUCUCAAGAACAGCCGAUCCAAGCGCAACUCCUGCGUGUGUUGAGAUGUGCUAAAUAUAAUGAAAAACGUAAUGCAGUGUAUAGCACAGUUAAUUUGUGUUAAUGGUCGUUUCUGUGAUGCGAUAUUGGAUGAUUCAGUUAUUUCUGGUGGUUCAAAGUUGAAAUAUAGUCUUCCACGGUGAAUUUGAAACAUGGAUGUUGCCGAGGUUGAAGAAACUUUACUUGCAAUUGGUGAUCCGAAGUUACAUGGAGGGAUGUGCAAGUCACUCUCUACAAUUUAUUCCAAGGUGUUGGGAAUUUUCCCCGUGCUGGAAGAGGCACGGCCUAGGAGCACGUCAGGUAUUCAGGCGUUAUGUUCUUUGCAUAUAGCGCUUGAGAAGACCAAGAACAUCCUUCAGCAUUGCUCCGAAAGUAGUAAAAUUUACUUGGCUAUAACUGGGGACUCUGUUGUUCUAAAAUUUGAGAAAGCAAGAUCUGCUCUUGAAGAUAGUCUUAGGCGGGUCGAAGAUAUUGUUCCACAAGCUAUUGGUUGUCAGAUUUCAGAAAUUCUAAGUCAGCUUGAGGUGAUUGAAUUCUCAAUUGAUCCAUUGGAGAAGCAAGUUGGUGAUGAACUAAUUGCAUUGCUCCAGCAAGGGAGAAGAUUCAACAGUAACUGUAAUGACAAUAGCGAGCUUGAAUCUUUUCACCAGGCUGCUUCUAGACUUGGCAUUACCUCUUCUAGAGCAGCCCUUAGAGAAAGAAGGGCUCUGAAGAAACUCAUAGAAAGAGCUAGGAUUGAGGAAGAUAAGCGGAAGGAAUCAAUUGUGGCUUAUCUUUUACAUCUCAUGAGAAAAUAUUCUAAGUUAUUUAGAAGUGAAUUCUCAGAUGACAAUGAUUCACAGGGUUCAACACCUUGUUCUCCAACCGUUCAGGGCUCUUUUGAGGGUGAUGGUCAAGCCUUUGAGCGACAUCUCUCGAAACUCGGUUCUUUCAAUUUCAAGCCAAACUUCAGAAGGUCAGGGCAGAUUCCCGUUCCCCCUGAAGAGUUGAGGUGUCCGAUAUCAUUGCAGCUCAUGUACGACCCAGUCAUUAUUGCUUCUGGGCAAACUUAUGAAAGGAUUUGCAUUGAAAAAUGGUUCAACGAUGGGCACAACACCUGCCCAAAAACUCAGCAACAGCUUUCCCAUCUUUGUUUGACUCCUAAUUACUGUGUUAAGGGUCUCGUUGCUAGUUGGUGUGAACAGAAUGGAAUUCCCAUUCCAGAUGGUCCCCCAGAUUCUCUUGAUCUCAACUACUGGAGGCUGGCCCUGACUGAGAGUGAGUCAGCAAAUUCAAAAUCAAUAGACAACAUUGCCUCCUAUAAGUUGAAGGGAGUAAAGGUGGUUCCUCUGGAGGAGAGUGGUAUUAUUGAGGAAGCUGAAGGAAAUGAAGUGGAAGAUGUGUCUUCACAGGAGGAAGAGUCUGAGCUUCAUGUGUUUGAAAGAUAUGAGGACUUUUUGACUGUCUUGGGAAAAGAGGAAGACUUGAGAAAAAAAUGCAUAGCGGUUGAACAGAUAAGACACUUGCUAAAGGAUGAUGACGAAGCUAGGAUAUAUAUGGGGGCCAAUGGGUUUGUUGAAGCACUGCUGCAGUUUUUAGAGUGUGCUGUGAAUGAAAGGAAUGAAAUGGCUCAGGAAAUUGGAGCUAUGGCGCUAUUCAACCUUGCUGUUAACAAUAACAGAAACAAGGAAGUGAUGUUGGCUGCUGGAGUACUUCCAUUGCUGGAGCAAAUGAUUGCCAAUUCCAACUCUCAUGGAUCAGCAACAGCCCUGUACUUGAACCUUUCCUGCCUUGAAGAAGCCAAGCCUAACAUUGGCGCAAGUGAGGCUGUUCCCUUUUUAAUCGAGGUUCUUCAGGCUGAAGCUGAUCCUCAAUGCAAGCUUGAUGCCCUCCAUGCUCUCUAUAAUCUCUCCACCCACCCUUCCAAUAUUCCCAACCUCCUCUCAGCUCGCAUCAUCAAUGGCCUCCAGUAUCUUAUCACGGACUCUUGUGACCAUGCAUGGACAGAGAAAUGCGUAGCUGUCUUUAUAAACUUAGGUUUGAGUAAAUCAGCAAGAGAUGAAAUCAUAGCAGCCCCAGGCCUUGUCAGUGCACUUGCAACAAUGUUGGACAUUGGUGAGCCUGUUGAGCAGGAGCAGGCUGCCGCCUGUCUUUUGAUUUUAUGUAACGGGAACGAGAAAUGCAGUCAAAUGGUCCUGCAAGAAGGGGUUAUACCUUCAUUGGUGUCGAUUUCAGUGAAUGGGACUACAAGAGGGAAACAGAAGGCUCAGAAACUUCUGAUGCUGUUCCGUGAGCAGCGACAACAAGAACUUUCACAGAUUCAGACUCAUCAGCAUCCUGAAAAUAGUGACUUGGGGAUGACUGAUUCAGAUUCGAAACCACUAAGUAAGUCAGUCUCGAGAAGAAAGGUGGGCAAGGCUCUGAGUUUUUUGUGGAAGACCAAGAGCUUUUCAGUAUCUUCCUAGUGUCGAGACCUCUUAUCUCUCUGCUGUAAAUUUCUGGUGUAUCUCCUUUUUGAAUUGUUUUCUCUUCUCCCCUCAGGCAUUCACUUCUUGUAUUUUUUUAGUUUUCCACAGAGAAGAAGAGAUGUACAGGCCCUGUAAUUUUUGGUUUUCCUUACCUUCCUUUUGUGGGUAGGUUUACAUGUAGCAUGGAUACUAUAAUUCUGGCUUUAGGUCAAUGUUCUAAAGCAAUCCCAAGUGUAUGGAUGUGAAAAUUAAUGCAAAUGCUUUAGAGAAA